UAUGCGCGCCAGUCCUAAUUACCACAACCGUGUGGUAUGUGUGUUUCGAGUCCUAAACAAAACACAACAUGGACAUUUGCUGUUAAUGCAAGCUGGUCCCGUUUCCGGAAAUCGUCUCAAGACAAAGUACUUAAUGCGUGCUUUUUCCACUCAUCCCUUGUUGGUUGUGUUGGAAGCAAAAAGCUCUGAACGAAUUCCGCGGUGCGGUGUUCUUAUGCGUGGGCUGCUGCUUAAAUUGAGUUAUGAUAUGUACUACAGUUUCCAUCCAGCACAUAAAAGGGGAGUUAAACAUUAUGACUCCUUACUGUGUAGUGUUACUGUAAUAGAAAAUGAACUUCUGAGACAUAGUCACUGCGCCUGUAAGUGCUGCUUGGACCUAAAAGUUGGAAACUAACCCUAGCUCUACGAGACUGGUCCGCUCUAUCAUUUACCGGAUUUCCACUGUACACUACUUUGACGAAGCAUUGUACUUGUUGUCCUUCAAUCUAAUAAAAAUUGCUCAAGACCUCAGAAGUCGACUAUAUUAUCACAGCCAGAAAGAUUUGAGGCACCCAGCCUGGGCCGGAGGGUAUGGCAAAAAC